GAAAGUAAGUGUGAAGAUAAAAUCCUAUACUCCUAUGCUUGCUGCUUAUGGUGCCUAUGUGGAACUCAUGGGAUACUGUGCUUGAGUGACUGUUAAGGAAGCAAUUGCCUAUGGGCUGCACAGGAGAAGAGGAGUAGGACAAGUGAGCUAAGGGCUAGAAGAGAUUGAGGAAUAGGGAGCCUAUCAGAGAGGCUAAUGGCUUUGUUUGCUUAUCUUAUCAGACUGAGAAUGGAAAAGUGAAGCAUAGAAAAAAGCCCUAAGGGAGAAAAGCUGUUUAAGCUAUAAACUAAAUUUGGUGCAAUUAAUAGGGAGCUAAAGUCCAUCUAACCUUUGGGUUAUCUGCUGGUAACCAGGCAAAGGGUAAGCUACAGAGGUCUGCAACUUCUAGGGCAUCAUCUUUUCCUCAGUGUGGCAGAGUGAGCGGUGCUGACGGAUGGUUGUUCACAGUGAAGCACUGCCCUUGCAUUUCUCAGAGCUCUUCAGUGCCAUACUUGACAACAAAAUGACAGAAGUACCCAUCAGAGAGAUCAACAAAUGAAGUGAAUCUUCCUGGAAAUAAGAAGGCCAAGGAAAAAAUGUAGAUCUUUCUAACUAAGGUUGCCACGUCUGGGGCAAUGUUCCAUGUACUGGGUGCCAUGGUGUGCUACGGGUGCUUGCCAAGGAAGGAGAUGGAAAAGCUGUGCCUUUGCCAGUGCUUAAAGAAUGAAUCUGAAGACUGCUGCGGUUCAGUGGACCGCUACUGUGAGCAGCUCCAGCGUGAUGACAGGAGGCUUUUGAAAAUGAGCUCAACUUCAGAUUUACCCUGGUACUGUCCAUUAUGAAUCGUGAGACUUGUAGCAUUUGUUUAGUUAACAACAAAGACAGCAAUUUUACUUCAAACUUCUGACUUUAAAGUUUCUGAAGUUCAGCAAAAAAAUAGGGUAGAAUCAAAUUCUGCAGUGACUGCAUGCAUUCAGUGCCAGGCUCAGACGAGCUUGGUAGGGUCACUGCUUUAGCACAGAGAUAGAAUCAUGGAGAAAUCUCUUUGGUAUGUUGUGACAGGACAACGGGAAAUGGUUUCUAACUAAAAGAGGGGACAUUUAGACUGGAUGUAAGGAAGAAGUUUUUUUUUACAAUAGGGCUAGUGAAGCACUGGCACAGGUUGCCCAGAGAGGUGUUGGAUGUCCCAUCCCUGGAGACACCCAAGCUCAGGCUGGACCUCAGCACCCGAUGGAGCUGUAGGUGUCCCUGUUCACUGCGGGGAGUGGGACCAGAUGGCCUUUAAAGGUCCCUUGCAACUCAAACCAUUCUGUGUUCAUUGCCAGAUCCUCUCCUUGUCCCCUCUGGGAUUGCUGGGAAGAACAACCGUGUUGUCCCAACGUUUUGUCCGCAUCGGACGCCGGAAUCGCCCCGCAGCUGCUUCUCUGGAACCUCUGGGAAUGCCGCUUUCUGCGAACGGCGUAAAAGCGCUCAUGAAAGCCCCUCGUGCGCAUUUUCGACACCCCUCAGAGCAGCACCCCGAGUGCCUCCCGGCGACCUCCCGCCUCCUUCGCGUCCCUCGGGAUCCCGCUUCCGCCCCGUAGCCCCGUGAGUCGCGGCAGGGCCUCAGAGCGGCCGCACGACCGCCGCCCGUCAGGGAGGUGCCGCGCACAGCCCGGGGCGCGGAGCCGCCGCACCCCGCACAUGCUCACUGGGGCGCCGCGGGAGUCUGGGCAUGUGCAGAGCGGAGCGGGCCGGGCCGUUCGCCGCGCCCGCCGCGCCCCGGGGCUGCGAGAGCCGCCCGAACGUUGCCAGGUGUAGCCGGGAGAGGUGAGGCGGAGCGGGGCGGGAUGAACAGCUCGGACGAGGAGAAGCAGCUGGAGCUGCUGGUCAGCCUGAAGGACCGAGCUAUUGGCGAAUAUGAAGAGCUUAGAGCAGAAAAUAAGAAAACGAAAGAGGAGUGUGACAAAAUCAAGCAAGAACGAGAUGAGGCUGUCAAAAAACUGGAGGAGUUUCAGAAGAUUUCUCACAUGGUUAUUGAGGAAGUAAACUGUAUUCAGAAUCAUCUCGAAAUUGAGAAGACAUGCCGUGAAAGUGCUGAGGCUUUGGCUUCUAAGCUGAACAAAGAAAAUAAGACCUUGAAACGAAUUAGUAUGCUUUAUAUGGCAAAACUGGGCCCAGAAAUUAUCACUGAAGAGAUUAACAUUGAUGAGGAUGAUCCAUCCACAGAUACGGAAGCAAACUCUGGAUCAUGCAAUUCUGUGCACUGUCAACAGCAAAUAAAAGAGCUGCGAGAUCAAAUCAUAUCUGUUCAUGAGGAAAAGAAGACCUUAGCCAUUGAACUGGAAAACCUGAGGUGCAAACUUGUAGAAGUAAUUGAAGAAGUGAAUAAAGUGAAAGAAGAAAAGGCUGCUUUGACAACAGAAGUUAAUAAACAGCAAAAACUGUUGGAAAAAUGUAACAGAGUGUCCGUGCUAGCAGUAGAGGAGUAUGAAGAGCUUCAUGUAAACUUUGAACUGGAAAAGAACCUACGGAAGAAAGCAGAAUCAUUUGCCCAAGAGAUGUUUAUUGAACAAAACAAGAUGAAAAGGCAAAGCCAGCUGCUUCUGCAAAAUUCUGCUCCUGAUCAGCAGCUUUUGAAGGCUUUGGAUGACAAUGCCAAGCUAACCCAUACAUUAGAAGAAGAGAGGCUUCAACAUCAACAAAAGGUCAAAGAAUUAGAAGAGCAGCUAGAAAACCAAGCACUGCAUAAGGAGAUUAGUCGUCUUAAACAGCAGCUGGAACUCUUAGAAGAAGAUAAAAAGGAACUAGAGCUUAAGUGUCAGAACUCUGAAGAAAAAGCAAGGGACCUAAAGCAUACAGUUGAUGAACUUCAAAAACGAAUACACCAAUCUGAAAAUCCUGCACCUCCUCCUCCACCACCACCACCUCCUCCUCUUCCUCCUCCGCCUCCUCCUAACCCUAUACGGUCUCUCAUGUCAAUGAUUCGCAAGAGGUCUCACUCCAACACCAAUGUGAGCAAGAAAGAGAAACCACCUCAGCAGGAGUCAGGUGAAGAAGUUACAGAUCUGAAGAGACAAGCUGUCGAAGAAAUGAUGGACAGAAUUAAGAAGGGAGUUCAUCUCAGACCAGUCAACCAGUCAAGCAGACCUAAAACAAAGCCAGAAACACCAAAACCCUCUGAAAGUGCAAUGAAGGAAUUAAAAGGGAUCCUGGAAACACUGAACAAAUCCACUAGUUCCCGAAGCCUGAAGUCCCUCGAAACAGACAGUGGUGAAACAGAGCUAGAACGAGUUCUGCGACGUCGGAAAGUGACUACUGACCAGGACAGUGGCAAUCCCACUGGAAUCUUGGCCACAUCAGAAUCCAAAUCUCUGCCUGUGUUAGGUUCAGAAGCCAGUGGUGUACAAACAGCAUCGAAGAAGAAAGAUUUGGAGACAGAAUUCAGUUCCAAAGUAUCCGAUUCAGGUCCUGUUUCCAACCAGCUGAAAGGUGUCACAGAUUCCAAAGCUAUGUUACAAUCACCGAGUCAUAUGGAAUUUUCAAGAAAAGCUUCUACUAGUGAGAAAGAGACAGAAUCUGUUGUAGUGUUAGAUCCCGUGUCCACCAGUGGAGAUCAGAUGACUGCAAACACACUGAAUCAGAACAAAACAAAGGAAGAAAAAAGCAAGUCGCUGCAUAAAGAAAGUAAUGUUGAGAAAAUAAGAGAGACAGACAGUUCUAACUGUUAAUCCCCAUUCUGAAAGGCUGUAACUUUUGGGAGUCAUGUCGAUUGCUUAGGUGUGGUACUGGGGGCUACAGUCUGUAUUCCAAACAGUUUUCAGUAAUACAAAUUGAAAUGGUCUUUUGUAUGCAGUUUUGUUACGUGCUUUAGUGUUAAAUAAUUACAUAUCACUCAAAAUCCCUUUCCCUUUUUAGUUUUGCAGGUAUGGUUAAUAUUUCCUUAGAUAUGGACAGUUACCUUACUUUUCUUUAAACUGCAUUUGAAAAGGCUUUUUCAAUUAUUCCUUUAUUGAGAAGCUGCUCUGUUAAAGGUCCAGAAGCCCCUUGUGUCCCUGUUGAGUUUGGGACAGAGCGGGUGAUUGCACUCACCUCAGCUUUAGUAUGGGGGUAUUUUGAUAAUGAAAAAAACAAAACAAAACAAUUUUUAGACACGUUGCUUUAAAAAUAUUUUGAUAUCUACUUGAAAAAAAAGUUUUGUAGAUCUGCUCACAGCUGCCUCCAUGCAGGCCAUUUGGAUGACACUGAAAGCACAAAACGUAACACUUCUGUUCUAGUUUCCCCAGCAGACAGCAAACCUGGAGAUGGAGGCAGCACAGCGUGCAGUUUUGGUACCAUGCCUUCUGGUAAUGAUAGUGCCAGAAGUCUGUGGAUAGAGAGCGGUGCUCUCUUCUGGAUUAACACCUCUCCAAAUGAGGAUUUAUCUCCUGGUUUCUCUUUCAGCCUUAUGUAGCAGUUUGGUACAGAUGUAGCUGAAGUCUGCGUGUGCUGCUGCAAGAAUGAGUUAUGGUGGGCUUCUCGGAAUUCCUACAUUUGGGAUUCAGCCAUUCUAGGAUUGCAGGUCAUUUGGAGUCAGCAUUUAGAGAACUCCCAGGUGAAACCCAGUAGCAUCAACAAAGAAUCCUUUGCUUUGAUCCUAGUACAGAGCGGGGGCAUUAAGUUUUCUUUUAGGUAACACUUUAGAUUUCUGUAUUUGGUAACACAGCUCCCUUAUUUCCUAUGAAGAUAGGCAGAUUGGUGCAUAGUGGAUUUGCUGCACUGCCAGUUCACAUUCCACUGUAGCUUCUUUUUAAAUCCAACAGGGUAUCUCAUUCUGUUAUAAAGAACAAACAAAUGUAAUCAGGGAACAAAUGCAAACCUAAGGAAGAUCGGUGUAACUGAAAUGGCGUGGUCACGUACCUGACUGUACUUGGGUUAUUUUUUAUUUAAUGAUUUGAAACAGUGAUAAUAUUGAAGGAUGACUGUUCUGAGUUUGUUAGUUUGGCUCUGCAUGCAACUGUCUGGUGCUUUUUCUCCAAAUAAAGUGAUAGUAGCGA